AUGGUUAGGAACCAUCUAGAGAGCUUAAAUAUGAACAAGUCGGCUGGUACCGAUGGUAUUCACCCGGCCAUUGUGAAACCGUUAGCGGGCAUCUUACCUCAACCAAUGUGCCAACUAUUUAAGCGGAGGGUUCAGACGGAGAACGAGACCGUCGGAGAGUACACCGCCACCGUCAGGGCCCUGGUCCACAAAGCUUUUGGCUCCAGGUCGCUGGAGUUGCGCAAAGCUUUGGCCAAAAAACGACUGCAAGACGGUUUGCGGAUUGAGACUGCCCGACAGGAGUUAGCUGCAAAUCCAGCGGCAAGUCUACUGAAAGCAGUUAACCGAGCAUGGAAAUUCGACACUUCACGGACCACGGAAGGCGCGAUACGCCCAAGAACCUCUGACCCGAAGAUCAUCAACCCGCCCGUUGCCGGUGUCUUUGAUCCAAUGGCGACUGUCCCCUUAAGUCGAGUUUAA